AUGCGCCAUCCAGUAGCUGGAGUGACUCUGGUGGCUUAUGGGACGUUGGCUUGGACCCUUUGUGACACCGUGCUGCAUGGGAUGAUGACGACCCGGAGAGAAAAAAGGCCUGCGGUCACCCUCGCGUGCCUCCUCUUAGCCGCAGCAGGCUGCUUCGCUGACUUGAACCAGGUCCCCCAGGUCACUGUCCAGCCCUCUUCCACCGUCCAGAAGCUGGGAGGAACUGUGAUCCUGGGCUGCGUGGUGGAGCCCCCAUGGAUGAAUGCCACCUGGCGCCUGAACGGGAAGGAGCUGAAUGGCUCGGAUGAUGCUCUGGGCAUCCUCAUCACCCACGGGACGCUGGUCGUCACUGCCCUCAACAACCACACGGUGGGACGGUACCAGUGUGUGGCCCGCAUGCCUGCAGGAGCUGUGGCCAGCGUGCCAGCCACUGUGACACUAGCCAAUCUCCAGGAUUUCAAGUUGGAUGUGCAGCAUGUGAUUGAAGUAGAUGAGGGGAACACAGCAGUCAUUGCCUGCCACCUUCCUGAGAGCCACCCGAAAGCUCAGGUCCGAUACAGUGUCAAGCAAGAGUGGCUGGAGGCAUCUCGGGAUAACUACCUGAUCAUGCCAUCAGGAAACCUCCAGAUUGUGAACGCGAGCCGGGAGGACGAGGGAACGUACAAGUGUGCUGCCUACAACCCGGUGACCCAAGAAGUGAAAACCUCGGGCUCCAGUGACAGGCUCCGCGUGCGCCGCUCCACCGCCGAGGCUGCUCGUAUCAUCUACCCUCCAGAGGCCCAGACGAUCAUUGUCACCAAAGGCCAGAGUCUGAUCCUGGAGUGCGUGGCCAGUGGGAUUCCACCCCCGCGGGUCACCUGGGCCAAGGAUGGGUCCAGUGUCGCUGGCUACAAUAAGACACGCUUCCUGCUGAGCAACCUCCUCAUUGAUGCCACCAGUGAGGAGGACUCGGGGACUUACCGCUGCAUGGCCGACAAUGGGGUCGGGGAGCCUGGGGCAGCAGUCAUACUCUACAACGUCCAGGUAUUUGAGCCCCCUGAGGUCACCAUGGAGCUGUCCCAGCUGGUCAUCCCAUGGGGCCAGAGCGCCAAGCUUACCUGUGAAGUGCGUGGGAACCCCCCGCCAUCUGUGCUGUGGCUGAGGAAUGCUGUGCCCCUGGCCUCCAGCCAGCGCCUCCGACUGUCCCGCAGGGCCCUGCGGGUGGUCAGCGUAGGUCCUGAGGACGAAGGUGUCUACCAGUGCAUGGCUGAGAAUGAAGUUGGGAGUGCCCAUGCUGUGGUCCAGCUGAGGACCGCCAGGCCAGGCACGACCCUGAGGCCAUGGCGGGAUGCUAAGCUGGACACUGCCACACCUCCCAUGCCGCCCUCAAGACCUGGAAGCCCUGAGCAGAUGCUGAGGGGACGCCCAGGGCUCCCCAAACCCCUGACGUCCAUGCAACCAGCUUCCCCACAGUGCGGUGGAGAGAAGGGGCAGGUGGCUCCUGCUGAGGCGCCCAUCAUCCUCAGCUCACCACGGACUUCCAAGACUGACUCGUAUGAGCUGGUGUGGCGGCCUCGGCACGAGGGUGGCAGCCAGGCUCCUAUCCUCUACUAUGUGGUGAAACACCGCAAGGUCACAAACUCCUCUGACAACUGGACUGUCUCCAGCAUUGCAGCCAACCAGCACCGCCUGACCCUCACCAGACUUGACCCUGGGAGCUUGUAUGAAGUGGAGAUGGCAGCUUACAACUGUGCAGGGGAAGGCCAGACAGCCAUGGUCACCUUCCGAACUGGACGGCGGCCCAAACCUGAAAUCAUGGCCAGCAAGGAGCAGCAGAUACAGAGAGACGACCCUGGAGCCAGCCCCCAAAGCAGCAGUCAGCCAGACCACGGCCGCCUCUCUCCCCCAGAAGCCCCUGACAGGCCCACUAUCUCCAUGGCCUCUGAGACAUCUGUGUAUGUGACCUGGAUUCCCCGUGGGAAUGGUGGCUUCCCAAUCCAGUCCUUCCGUGUAGAGUACAAGAAGCUAAAGAAAGUGGGGGACUGGAUUCUGGCCACCAGCGCCAUCCCUCCUUCCCGGCUCUCGGUGGAGAUCACUGGUCUAGAGAAAGGCACCUCCUACAAGUUCCGUGUCAGGGCUCUGAACAUGCUGGGGGAGAGCGAGCCCAGUGCCCCUUCCAGGCCAUAUGUGGUGUCCAGCUAUAGUGGCCGCGUGUAUGAGAGGCCUGUGGCAGGCCCUUACAUCACCUUCACGGAUGCUGUCAAUGAGACCACCAUCAUGCUCAAGUGGAUGUAUAUUCCAGCAAGUAACAACAACACCCCAAUCCAUGGAUUUUAUAUCUAUUAUCGACCCACAGACAGUGACAAUGAUAGUGACUACAAGAAGGAUAUGGUGGAAGGGGAUAGAUACUGGCAUUCCAUCAGCCACCUGCAGCCAGAGACCUCCUACGACAUUAAGAUGCAGUGCUUCAACGAAGGAGGAGAGAGUGAGUUCAGCAACGUGAUGAUCUGUGAAACCAAAGCCCGGAAGUCUUCUGGUCAUCCUGGUCGGCUCCCACCCCCGACUCUGGCCCCACCUCAGCUGCCACCCCCUGAAACCAUAGAACGGCCAGUGGGCACUGGGGCCAUGGUGGCACGCUCCAGCGACCUGCCCUACCUGAUUGUUGGGGUCGUCCUGGGCUCUGUCGUCCUCAUCAUCGUCGCCUUCAUCCCCUUCUGUUUGUGGAGGGCCUGGUCUAAGCAAAAACAUACAACAGACCUGGGUUUUCCUCGAAGUGCCCUUCUGUCCUCCUCCUGCCAAUACACUAUGGUACCACUGGGAGGACUCCCAGGCCACCGAGCCAGUGGGCAGCCCUACCUCAGUGGCACAAGUGGACAGGCCUGUGCCAAUGGGAUCCAUGUGAACAGGGGCUGCCCUGCCGCUGCCAUGGGCUACCCAGGCCUGAAACCUCAGCAACACUGCCCAGGGGCGCUUCGGCAGCGGGAUGACCCCAGCAGCCUGCUGAAGCAGACCGUUCUUGGCACUGGAUAUGACCCCCCCAGUCACCAGAUUCCUAGGGGUCCCAAGUCUAGCCCAGAGGAUGGCUCUUUCUUAUAUACACUGCCUGAUGACUCCACUCACCAGCUGCUCCAGCCCCACCAAGACUGUCACCACCUCCAGGAGCAGCCCGCCCCCACAGGCCAGUCAGGCAUGAGGAGCGUACCCCAGGGUCCUGGGCUGGAAGCAACGUGGGACCCUCUUUUUCACCAAGGGCCCCCGUGCUGCUUGGGCCUUGUCCCAGUUGAAGAGGUGGACAGUCCUAACUCCUGCCAAGUGGGUGGAGGAGAUUGGUGUUCCCAGCACCCCAAAGGAGCCUACACAGGGCAGGAGCUCGGGAUACGGCUCUCCCCCAGCCCACCAUUGCAUGUAUCUUUUGAAACACCACCUCCUACAAUUUAG